UGAGCACUGAGGUAUCCCGACGAACUUCUGCUCUUUUCUCUUUUUUUCACUAUCUUUUAGACUCGGAAUCAUGAUUUUAACACUUAUAGUGCUGAUGCUGUCCUCCUGUGUCUCUGCUGAAGGUAGGGAUGUGAAGAGUCUGUGCUGGGGGUCCCUGAUUAUGUUGUGGGCCCUCCUGAUGACCUUGGUGUGAUAAGUGUCCUGUAGUGAGGGGAAGGCUUUCUGUGCUGAGCAGUGCAAUUUCCAUACCAGACCGUGAUGGAGCUGGUCAAGUUCCCUCACCGGAGAAUGUGAGAAUAGUGUCGCACAAUAUGGGGUUGGUUUUGGAAUGGGAUCCACCCCCGAACUCCACUGGGAAGGACUUUACUUACACAGCAGAGUACAAGGGAUGGAGUUCAUUUGAGUCCGUUUGUCUGAAUGAAUCAUCAUGCAGAUGUGAUUUCACCAGUGAAAUCUCUGUCUUUGGGGCUUACGAGUUUCGUGUGCGGGCAGAACUGGAAGGAAAAAGCUCUGAUUGGAUAAAGACUGACACCGUAGCUUUGGAUGAAAUAACUUCGAUAAGUGCUCCUGAUGUGAUGCUGGAAAGCACCAGGGGGGGAGUCGAGGUUGAUAUUACUGAUCCUGUCCUAAGGAAAGGAGAUCUUAAGUCUCUGUAUCACCUUAUUUCUUACCAUAUUCAUUACUGGAUUGAAGGGGAAGUGAAAAAGGAAGAACUGAAGACAGAGCAGAGCAGAGUAAUGCUUCCAAAUCUUUCACCGAGGGUCCGGUACUGUGUGCAAGUGAAGAUAGCUGUGAGUGAUAACAAAACUAGCCUGCCAGGCAAUGCAACCUGCAUACUCAACACUGAGAGCGAAGAUGUGCAGCCAUGGCUGAUAGUGAGUGUGCUGCUGGCCAGUUUCGCGGUGGUUCUGGUUUCUGUGGUCCUAAUUUUCUUUGCGGUGUGGUACACAUACAGGGGAAUCAGAUUUCUGUGCCCACAAGCCAAACUGCCGGAACACAUUAAGCAGUACUUAUCUGAGCGUCCCAAAUCCUCAGAGUUACUGGCCAUGCAAAGCAGCCCUCAGCCUGAGGAGUGUUACCAUGAGGUCAGCAUCAUUCCAUGUCUGGAAGACCCCACUCCAUCACAAGACCUCCAGAAGACACAGGGCUCCAAACAUACUCAGCUGUAUGCAAACAUCUCUUCCAAACCAGAGGAGGCCCUAAACCAGGAGGAGAAGCUCUGUGACCAUAAGCAGAGAGUGGACAAUGAAAACACAGGAAGGAAUACAGCCCUGUCAGGUUGUCGUGAUGGAGAGUUAGAGCUGCUUUUGUGAUAGUUCAUCACAUAUGCUUAAAUACUAUAUAGGCGUGUGUAAAGGUUUAUGCUCCUGGUUAAACUCCAUGUUUUUAGUUGAUUUUGUAAGUGAAAAUAAGUGAACACAUCCUCUACAGCAGAGGUUUCCAACUUGCAGCCCACAAAAACAACAACAAAUGUUUCUGCAGCCCACAAGAUUCAAUGGAUCAAACCAUUUAAUGAGACGGCUGAUCUUGUUCAGCAGAUACAGAGUACGAGGUGGCCUCUGGAUUAGACUUGGGUGAUAUCUAAAAGUAAUUAGCACAAUAUUUUCUAGUUAAAAUUAUUGAUAAUAUUAAAGGGAAUCCCUGCAAUAUUUUUGUAUCAAAAACAUAAAAAUAAAAGCAUUUAGCAGGAACAAUAAUCUCAAUAUAAAUGUUUUUCUUCGCAAAUAAUCAACAAUAUUUGCCAUUUUUUAAAAUUACAUUUGAUUUAAUGCCUAUUGACUAUUUGACUUUUUGCGGUUAAACAAAUACCUGAUGACCCCCUUGCAGUACCACCACAGGCCACUGAAGGGGUGUGCAGCUCAGGUUAAAAACCACUGCUUUACACUUUGGCAAAUUAUAAUCACUCUUUAUUUGCUGAAUGUAACACAUGGGAAAAACUUAGAAACUCGGUAAAUCGUGGAAUAAAAUUAGCAAAAAUUGGAACAGGAGUUCAGACUUUUGCAUACAACUGUAUACAAUAUUUUUCAAUUAAACCGUAAAUAUCAAAAGUAAAUAUCACUUUAAAUCAUGUCAAUUUUAUAGAGGAUCAGCUCUGAUGUGAACAUUUCUCAGGCUGUUUACAGGUUUACGUUAAUAAUAUAUGUAUUUGCCAAGUAAUAGAUGAGCUGAAAAUGAAUAUUUUUUUAUGAUGUAAAGUGUGGUGUGAUGGUAUGCUGUAUUUUCUUUUGUUUUGUUUUUGUUUUUUGCAUGUUUUUAAAUAUCUGUUCAUUUAAAAUUAUGCACAUAUGCAUCAAGUAGAGGCUAUUGUGUUAUUCAUGUCAUACUAGAGUCAUCAAAUGUCUCUUUAAAAUGGAUGAUACUGUCUAAAUAUUAUACUACAAGAUUUGAUCAGUAAUAAUAUGAUUGUAUAAGAGAAGCAUAGAGCUCAAAGAUACUGACACAUUAUUGCUUUUGCAGUAAACCUUGUAUUGCUUUGAGGUCUUUAGACGUCAUUUGUGUUCCAUGACUAUAAAAUAUCCAGAGGCUGUCCUGGCUGUCAUGACUACAGUCAUUGCAGUUCUCUGCCUGCAAAAAAAUAGUAUCUUAUGAAACUAAAUGUUCUUAAAUCUAGUUGAUAUAUGUAAUAUUUCUCAUUUUGAGAUUGCUGUAACCGAAUAAUAAGACUAAAUUUUUUUUUUACGUGUUUAGGUGAUUUUAGCAAGAAUGAUAUCUAAAUGAUCUCAUUAUGCAGGCAGAUAAUUUUGCUUGUUGUUUCAAUUAAUGCUUGACACAAGUCAACUGCCAAUAUACUGAGAUAUUCUGAUUUAAUAAAACCACUGAAAAUAAGUAAAAAUGUCUAGAAACAAGUUCAAUAGUCAUAACUAGAGAUGCAUUGAAACAAUUCUUUUCAGACUGAUUAUGAGUACAUUAGGGUGUUUUCCUGGGACAGUCCCCAUUUUUGUUGAUCUGUCCCCAGAAAUGUCCCAGUUUUUAACUGAAUUACAAAAAAACAAAACAAAACACUGAAAAGUCCUAAGGGGGAAGUCAUCUCAUGUUGUCCUUGUUUUGGCUAACAGAAGGGGCUGGCUGCUUCUAUCUACUAAUGACUUCUACCACCUGCUUGCCUAGUUUUAGAGAAUACUGUAAGAAAACUUGUAGAGAAGAGAAGUACCACUCUGUAAUGUUUUCAGGGUUUCUCAAACUACAGAGGGCACUCCUGUGAAUGGGGUAUUUUGGAGUAUUUAAACAAAAUCAGUUUAUAAAUGUUGAAACAUUAACAUGAAAAACAAAUUCCUUUCCUCAACACAGAACAGCAUAAAACAUUAACAUUGCUGUUAUGUUUUUAAGUGCUUUUGAACUUGAGGUAUAGGAGUUUAAAAGCUUUUUGAAUAUCAUUGAAUCCUCUGAAUUAUGGGGUCAUUAAAGACUUGAAAUAUGAA